GGGGUUUCAGCUUGGUUCUAUGAAAAAUGCCCGCUUCUGUGGAGCACUCGCUUCUUUUCCUGUUGCACUACUUUGUGUUCAUUCUGGCAGCCGGCCACGAGGAGCUCUCUGGCAGACUCCUCUCACUCUUUGCAGAGCAAGGUCACUUGUCCCAGUUCAGCUCAGAUGUGUCCAUUGUCCACCCAGUGAAAACCAGCUCUGAUGGACACUUCAUCUCCCACUCUCUGUCCCACCACUUCGAGAGUGGGAGAGUCAAGCGUGAACUACAACCCCUGUCCCCAGAAGGACACGUUUACUACCAGGUCAGCCACAAUGAACAGACUUUGAUGUUUAAUUUAACCAGAAACACUCACCUGGUGUCAGGUGAGUACAUCCUGGAGAGGAGGGGGGGCAACGGGACCGAGCACCAUCACUCUGACGGGAACUCGUGCCACCUUCUUGGCACUGUGGAGGCCUCUGGUGUUAGAGGGACGGCUGCCAUCAGCACCUGCAAAGGACUGAGAGGACUCUUCUUGCUUCCAGAAGGGCAUUUUUUUAUCGAACCCGUUGAGAAACCACUCGAUCAUCCUGCAGGAACCCCAGAACCACAUGUGAUUUAUCCAAGAACUGCUGAAGACAUCUACAGAAUAAAACGUGGCGCUGAAUCUGAACACACUCCCAGCCCCUGUGGAGUUCAAGAUGCUCCAAGGAACUCUCUCCAGGUGGAAAAGGAGAGGGAGGAAUGGGAGAGGGAGCAACAGAGGGGGGAGACCCAGUCCCGUUCGCAGCGUUCAGUCAGCCGAGAGCGGUGGGUGGAGACCUUGGUGGUGGCUGACUCUAAACUCAUCGAGUACCACGGCAGUGACAACGUGGAGUCCUACAUCUUCACCAUCAUGAACAUGGUAGCUGGGAUCUUCCAUGAUGCCAGUAUUGGGAAUGCCAUCCAUGUGGUUUUAGUGCGCCUCAUUCUGCUGCAAGGAGAAGAGAAAGGGCUGAAGAUCGUUCACCACGCUGACACCACUCUGUCCAGUUUCUGCUCAUGGCAGAAAAACCUGAACCCUCAGAGCGACACACACCCGGCUCACCAUGACCUGGCUGUGCUCAUCACCAGGCAAGAUAUCUGUGCAGGGAUGAACCAGCCCUGUGAGACUCUGGGUUUGUCUCAUCUGUCUGGAAUGUGUCAACCUCAUCGCAGCUGUAACAUCAAUGAGGAUUCAGGUCUACCUGUCGCCUUCACCGUCGCUCAUGAAAUGGGCCACAGUUUUGGGAUUUAUCACGACGGCCAGGGGAAUGACUGCGAGCUGGAAGGGAAACACCCGUUCAUCAUGUCCAGACAGCUGAUGUACGACAGCUCGCCUCUCACUUGGUCCUCCUGCUCCAAAGACUACAUCACACGCUUCCUCGAUCGUGGCUGGGGUUCCUGCUUGGAUGACCGUCCAUCUAAGAGAGAUCUAACCACUCCACUGGCUCGUCUUGGUGUUCGUUACACCACACACCAUCAGUGUCAACUCCAGUACGGUCCAAACGCCACCUUCUGCCCAGAGAUAGAUAACAUUUGCCAGGUUCUUUGGUGUUCAGUGAACGGAUCCUGUCGCUCCAAACUGGACUCACCUAUAGAUGGGACUCGCUGUGGUCCUGAGAAGUGGUGUAUCUCCGGAGAGUGUGUGAUUGUUGGAAAACUCCCUGAGACGGUGAACGGAGACUGGGGGCAGUGGAACAAAUGGUCUCACUGCUCCAGAACCUGUGGAACUGGAGUCCAGUCUGCAGAGAGAGAGUGCAACAAUCCCAAACCAGAGUUUGGAGGCAAGUACUGCACCGGAGAAAGGAAGCGUUAUCGGACCUGUAACACAAAACCCUGCAAGAACAAUAAACCAACCUUCAGAGAGAUGCUCUGCAGUGAGUUUGACACAGUGCCUUACCACAAUGAGCUCUAUCAGUGGAUUCCUGUUGCUAACCCAUUGAUUCCCUGCGAGCUCCACUGUCGACCAGUCGGUGAGUAUUUUUCUGAGAAGAUGCUCGACACUGUGACCGAUGGGACCCCGUGCUUCAUGAACAACAAGUCCAGAAACAUCUGCAUUAACGGAGUGUGCAAGGAGGUAGGUUGUGACUACGGUAUUGAUUCAAACGCGGUGGAAGAUCACUGUGGAGUCUGUCUGGGCGACGGCACAAGCUGUGAGACGGUUUAUAAGACGUUUGAUGAAGAAGAGGGUUUUGGGUACAGGGAUGUGGGGGUGAUACCUGAGGGUGCCCGCGACAUUCUGAUAAAGGAAGUGGAGGAGGCAGGUAACUUCCUGGCUCUGAGAAAUGUGGGGUCGGGCGAGUACUUCCUGAACGGCAACUACAUCAUUCAGUGGAACGGCGAGUACGAGGCAGGCGGGUCAACGUUCUACUACGAGCGAAGCGGGAACAUGGAGAACCUCACGACCCCUGGGCCUACCAAACAGCCUGUCAUGAUCCAGUUGCUUUUUCAGGAGAAGAACCCAGGUCUAAAGUAUCAGUACACCAUCAAGAAGACCAAAGAGACAGAAAAUGAAGUGACUGAACCUCUUUAUAUUUGGAGACACGGUGCCUGGACGGACUGCAGCACCACCUGUGGCUUAGGAGAACAACAGCAGCCUGUUCGUUGUUUUGAGGUAGACGUGGGUGUCGUGGAUGAAUCUCUGUGUGACCCAAACAGCCGUCCAGACGACAAACACCGCAGAUGUAAGAAUAUGGACUGCCCUGCUAGGUGGUGGGUGGGCGGCUGGCAGCACUGUUCAGCCACCUGCGGAUCAGAAGGAUUGAGGAAGAGGACGGUUCUCUGCGUGCGCACAGUUUCGAGGGAGGAACGAGUACUCCACCCUGUGGAAUGCAAGCAUCUACUUAAACCUAAACCUGUAGUGCCGUGCAACAGAGAUGUGCCAUGUGGGCAGGAAUGGGUUGUUGGCAGCUGGGAAGAGUGCCCCGUCACGUGUGGAGGAGGCAUUCGCUCACGCACUGUGUCAUGUGCACUGGAGCCCAAAAAGGCCUGUGACCUCUCAACCAAACCCAGAUCCAGAUCACUGUGCGGCUUGCAGAGUUGUCCCAACUCGGGUUUUAAUAGACGGCCCGGACUUCCCCCUGUUUAUCGACGCAUUUUCCCUCCAAAGACCCACCCUACUACUGGUUCUCCCUCGUGGACACCUACGAGCACCACACCUGCACCUAUAAGAACCACUGGAGAAAUUACAAGUGCUUUUAUUUCUACCACUAGAUCUCCUUAUCUUCCUGAACCCACAACCCCUGAAAUUAUAAAUGCAGAUGAUUAUAAGUUUAAUAAUGUGAUCAGAGAAAAUAAAGAAGACAAAAGAAAAGUUCAAUCCAUUGAACCAAGUUCUGCUGAAAAGGACAAAGUAAUAACUACUGUAGAGGAGGAAAAUUUAGAAGACAGAGAGGAAGGAAGUACUCCAGACAUGUGGAUGAACACUCCAGGAUUUGAUUAUGUUGUCGAGGACAGGACGAAAGAACACGAGAGGAUUAUUGAUUUGGAUUCUUUCACCAAAGUGACGUCCUGUACAAGUCAGACAGCCACACCAGCACCAGAAACACAUCCAUUUACCAUAACCACAACUACCCACAGUCCCUCGCUCACCAGUACUGAGACAUGGGCAGAGACAAGUCACUACUUAUCCAACCCCCACACAAAGUCAAACACCAGCCCAAACAGCCACUGGACACACCGGGUUCCCCUGACCACUCCCGUCUACAGGAACCACGCAGUCUUACCAAAAACAGUCUUCCAGAAAAAGCAAACUCCUGUUACAACUGCAAGGAAAACAUCCAGCACUGCGGCACCACCUCAGCCAGCGGUACCAGUUAGUAAACUAAAGAAAUCAGCUGUAACAGUCAGGAAAAACAGUCCCACCUCACGUGUCAAACAGCCCCCUGCAAAGUCCAAAGGCAGUCCAGUCAAGAGCCCAAACCAGCAACCGAGAAGCUCCAAGAGCGGUUCCACCGGUGGCCAAAGCAACCUGAUGGCCAGAGAACCAGUUAGCAUGAAUAAAUCCUGGGUUGUAGGAAACUGGAGUGAGUGUUCAACAACUUGUGGGAUUGGAGCUGUAUGGAGGACAGUGGUGUGCAGUUCUCAGAACGACGAGGACUGUGCCAACACGAAGAGACCUGAACCUGCACGAACAUGUCACCUGCAGCCGUGUGCCACUUGGCAAACUGGCAGCUGGAGCAAAUGUCCAGAUAAAUGUGGAUUAGUGAGAAGGAGUUACCGUGAUGUCCAGUGUGUCGAUUCUCAGAGUAAACGUGCCCUCAGACCUUUCCACUGCCAAGCUGUGUCUGACAGGCCUCUCAGUGCGCUGCUUUGCCCCCUAAAACCCUGUUUGAGCUGGAGCGUGUCACCCUGGGGGGCGUGCUCUGGCAGCUGUGACGAAGGCAUCAGGGAGCGGUUGGUGUUCUGCCCCGAGCCUCAUCGCUGCAGCUCCACUUUGAGACCAAACAGCUCAGAAGGGUGCAGAUUAACGCCCUGCUCUUACUGGAAGACUGAAGCCUGGGAGGAGUGCUCUGUGAGCUGCGGUGAGGGUCUGCAGCAGCGUGCGGUCACGUGCACGUCGAGUGAACAGGAUGGGACUUUAAUGCCAAACAGCCUCUGUGAGAAGAUUUCCAAACCAGAAACGCUCAGGAAGUGCAGCAUGCAGGAAUGCAAGAAAAAGUCAGUUUGCAGAAAGAACACCAUGUCCUCUCGCUUCUGCGACAAACUGAAGCUGUUGGGCCGCUGCUCGCUCAGGUCGGUCCAAAAACAGUGCUGCUUCACCUGCAGGGCGUAGCCAUCGCUGAACACAUCUGGACCGUCACCUCGAUA